UGAGAGUAAUCUCUUCCACAAAACUGGGGCAGAGACCCAUGCCCUCCCAUCAUCAAUUCUUUCAGGCCCAUCCAUUCUCAUCAAAGCACCAAUAAAUUUUUAGACAAUGAUAGUGAAAUCAUAUAAUAGGUAUGGGAAGUGGGAAUUGAUGAAUACUAGUAUGGUCCAAAUUUAUUUAAUCAGCAUCUUGUGAUGAUGUAGCUUGCUUUGUAACUCUCACAUGGUGAAUGGAAGCUUUUGGUUGGCCCGGUCCGGUUUUGCAACUCAGUUGGAUCCUGGUUGAGUUUGAGUUUCGUGUAUAUGGACGUGGGCGAGUUAUGCAAGAGAAAUAAAAAAAACAAAUUAGGGUUCGUUUGUAGGUGAUGAGUAUGUCUUAAAUGACCUCCAUUCAGUCAUAACAGUUUUCAUGAGAAGAUAUUACUCAGAUUGACUGAACACAGAAAGUUUCGAAUAAUAAGAUUGACUAAUACUAGUUGCGAAGAAGUGUGCCAAAUGCUUCCCUUUAUGUACCAAUACAAACAAAACGGUAUUCAAUCAAUGCACACAGAUAGGUUACCCCUGGUAAAUAGAGCCUCUUUUGAGGUCCAACACUCCUAUGACGGGCUAGGUUUCAACACCAUUCACUUGUAAAGCUCCCUCUAUUACCAACACACACCUCUACUCUGCAUCUCAACCAUUAAUGGCUUAUGGUAACGAUGAAAGUUGACAUAAUAUCUCAUUGGUCUCAAAACAUGGGGUAGGAUACUAUGCUAACCCCUAAAGGGGUAGUGAUUUUUGACACCCUCCUUUAUGAUUGGCCAAUUUUAUUUUCAAUCAUUGGCAAGUAUUAAUUAAACUGGUUUUUUAUUUUUUUUAAUCUUGUAAUUUGGGGUCUCUCACCACAUUGGAAAAGAGAAAGAAUCUGGGAAAAAACGAAAUCACCCCCAUUAAUUACAUAAUUAAUUUCUCUCACUGGUACAUUAAUUACACGUACCACUCUACUGGUACACGUACCACUCCACUGGUACACGUACCACUCCACUGGUACACGUACCACUCCACUGGUGCACGUACCACUCCACUGGUGCGAGCAAUCCACAAGGUAGGUUAGAGUGAGAACAAUACCAGUGCAAUGAUAUUUUUCAUAACAAUGAUAAACAAUAACGGAGCAACAAUGCAGUACCACUUCAAUGAUACAAAUACCACUCCACUGGUACACGUACCACUCCACUGGUACACGUACCACUCCACUGGUACGUGUACCAGUGGAGUGGUACGUGUACCAGUAGAGUGGUACGUGUAAUUAAUGUACCAGUGAGAGAAAUUAAUUAUGUAAUUAAUGGGGGUGAUUUCGUUUUUCCCCAGAUUCUUUCUCUUUUCCAAUGUGGUGAGAGACCCCAAAUUACAAGAUUAAAAAAAAUAAAAAACCAGUUUAAUUAAUACUUGCCAAUGAUUGGAAAUAAAAUUGGCCAAUCAUAAAGGGGGUGUCAAAAAUCACUACCCCUUUAGGGGUAGUCAAGCUAACCGAUCCCUCAAAACAUUACAUAAAAAAAAAAAACCAACUUAUGUAUGAUCAAUAAUUGGGAUUGUGUCCACUAAACACAUUGAACCUAACCCAUCCUUAUUUAUUACUUUUUCUUUUCUCUAACUUUGUGACGUGAACCCUAUUCAAUUAUUAAACAAAAUAUCAAAUGAUAAUGUCACAUUAUGUCCUGAUCUGCUCUUGGAUCUAACCUACGUAAUCCCGUUGCCGACCCAGCCGGCCGCCGGCCGGCGACCCUCUCUCUUCAAUGUUUUUUCAUAUUAAAAUAAACGUUGCAGUACCCAUCAGUCAAUAAUCAACCAUGUAACCUUCUGAUUCAUCAGCUGGCAAUUCCAUUAUAAUAUUAUUUCACUUGAUAUAUGGUGAUUCGUUUGGAUUUCUCUUCGUUUCUUUUAAAAACAGGAUCUGGUCUUCAUUCUCAAAACAGUCAAACUCCACUCUUUUCUUUGGGCACAAUAUAAUUACUUACACAUGGCUCUCCUGGAUCGAUGGAUUUGAAUUAAACAAGUUGAUUCUUUUGUAUAUAGUACUAACAUGUGGCUUAUUUGAUAUAUAUAUACCCUCUCGGGGUUUGAAGAUCCUUUGACAGUCAUACAAAAGUCAGUAAUUAAGUAUGUGUUCUUGCAUUGAAACGAAUGCAUACCUGAAGACAGAGAAUUGCAUUCUACCGGCUAAAUAGUCUGCACAUAACGUACUUUGUGCCCUUCGUGAUAGAUUUGAUGGAUAGCAACCUCUUAGUCUUGCUAGAUGAGAGCGAGGAACUUGUGGAGGAUGGCCAUCGGCUGGUCUCUGUCCCCGAGAGGAUUUGAGCUGCACACAUCGAGUCUAGCUCCACCUCGAACACGACGAACCCCAAGGUCACAUGGCAACCGAAGUCCUUGUACAACGCUUCUGAUAAACUCUACACAGAUAACAGAGCAAAUACCUAGGUUGAUAGCGUGAAUGCUGCUAAGCAGCAUCCUGUUUGAUCUCUCAACAAACGUGGUUUGAGUAAGAGAACACGGAGCCAUCGAUGUUGGGAAUAACCCACUCGAGAGGUGGUGACUUCCACAAGAUCUCCACCUCCGUUCUUUUUGCCAUAAAUACCCUAGAAGUGGACAAAUAGUUAAAGACAAAAUCUUUACCGGCAACAAGUACAAAAUAAAUAAUAAUAAUAAUAAAGAUAGUUGACAUAAAUUGAACCAUCGUGAGAGAGUCUUUUGAUCGCCUCAAUUAUCCUCUCUAUAACACAUAAAAUAAAAUAUCAUCCUUAUAAGCAUUUAUGAACUAGGAUUAUCAAAUCGUCUUCCCAUCUCGACCAUACCGAUAAGGAGGGUAAGAUAGAGAAUUAAAGCUACUAGCUAAGUAUGCCAGGUUGAUAUUAUUAUUAUUAUAAAACCAAGGUAUAUUAGUAAAACAAAAACACUACUUGGAUUGGUACUUCUAUAUAUAAAAAAAGUCUCCCUAGGAGCAAGUGAGCAACCCAUCAUUUCCACAAACAAAAACUUCCACACACUCCCUCUCUUUCCCACCAAGAUGGGCUCCUCCGCCAAUGGCGUCGUCAACGCCCCCGCCCCAUCUCCAAAACGACACGUCGUUUGCAUCCCGUACCCGGCGCAGGGCCACCUCACCCCGAUGCUGAAGCUGGCCAAGCUCCUCCACUCCACCGGCGGCUUCCACAUCACCUACGUCAACACCGAGUACAACCACCGCCGCCUCCUCAAGUCCCGCGGCUCCGCCUUCGCCGCCGCCCUGCCGCCGGACUUCCGGUUCGCCACCAUCCCCGACGGCCUCCCGCCGUCGGAUCUCGACGACGCCACGCAGGACAUCCCGGCCCUCUGCCAGUCCACCAAGAACACCUGCACGGCCCCGUUUCGCGACCUCCUCGUCCGGCUUAAUGAAGACGACGACGUGCCGGCGGUGAGCUUUGUGAUCUCUGAUGCCUGUAUGAGCUUCACGCUGGACGCCGCGGAGGAGCUCGGGAUUCCCGAGGUGAUUUUCUGGACGCCGAGCGCUUGUGGGGUUCUCGGGUACGCCAAUUACCGGCGGCUAGUUAGGGAAGGCCUUGUCCCGUUGAAAGACGAGAAGGACCUCACGAACGGCUACCUGACCACGCCGGUGGCCGGAAUCCCAGCCAUGGAAGGAAUCCAGCUCAAGGACUUCCCCAAUUUCAUCCGAACCACCGACCCGGACGACGGCAUGCUCAACUUCCUCAUCCGCGAAAUCGACCGAACCUCCCGCGCUUCCGCCGUCGUAUUCAACACCUUCCGCCCCUUCGAGUCCACCUUCCUCGACUCCCUCUCCUCCGGCGCCGCCGCCUUCCCGCCGAUCUACCCGAUCGGCCCGCUCCACUUCAUGAUCGACCAAAUCGCCCCCAAUUCCCUGCCCUCCAUCACCUCCAGCCUCUGGAUCGAAGACUCCGAGUGCCUCAAUUGGCUCAACACCAAACCCCCCAACUCCGUCGUCUACGUCAAUUUCGGGAGCAUCACCGUCGUGACGCGCCACCAGAUGGUCGAAUUCGCGUGGGGGCUGGCCAACAGUGGGAAAGACUUCCUCUGGAUCAUACGCCCCGAUCUGGUCCGCGGCGAGUCGGCGAUGCUCCCGGAGGAAUUCGCGGCGGAGACGGAAAACAGAGGACUCCUGGCGAGCUGGUGUAGACAGGAGGAGGUGCUGAGACACCCGGCGAUCGGAGGGUUUUUGAGUCAUAUGGGUUGGAAUUCGACGCUGGAGAGCGUAUCCUCCGGCGUGCCGAUGGUGUGCUGGCCGUUUUUCGCGGAGCAGCAGACGAAUUGCUGGUCAGCGUGUAAUGUGUGGGGAGUUGGGAUGGAGAUUGAUUGGGAUGUGAAGAGAGGGGAGGUGGAAGGGCUGGUGAGGGAGCUGAUGGACGGGGAGAAAGGGAAGGAGAUGAAAGGGAAGGCCGUGGAGUGGAAGAAGUUGGCGGAGGAAGCGACGGCGGAGGGAGGUGGGUCUCGCCGGAGUUUUGAUGAGCUUGUGGAGCUUCUUCAGGGGAAGGGUGGGAGAAGAAAUUGAGGGGGAGUGGAAAUGAAUUUUAAAUUGCGCGGUAAAAAAGUUUGGACAAUUGGGCCGGAACUUUUGGUUCAUUGGGGUGGGCUUGAUACAAAUAUUGAAGCAAACGGGUAUGUACUAUGGAUAUCCGAUAAAAUUGGAACGAUACAGGUUAUGUACUAUGGAUAUUUACCGUCUUCCAUGUGUCUAUUGUUAUUUGGGCUUGUUUAAUAAAAAAAUUAGCAUGAACAUAUUGGUUAGGAAGGGACAACAAAAUUCGGAUCCACGGGUACCCUAUCUGAUCCAACCCAAUCGAAAAGAAUAAAAUUUAUGUUGAUGGAUUGCAAGUUGAAAUCCUUUGCAUUGUUUAGUGGGUUGGGUUAGGAUUUAGGUAUAUCAGGUUCAUGGAUACCUGUCCACACCCAUACUCUCACAAUCCGUCGAUUCAAACCCAUGUUUAUUUUAAAUUUUGAAUAAUUAUAUGGAUAAUUGGUGGAUUUGCUUGUAUGUACAAGAUUGGUGUUUUUUGUAUGGUUAAUGUGUAUGGGGCAGAUUGGAUAAUUUGUGGGUUCACUUUCCUUCUAGUACUAUAGUUGACGAGCAUUAUGAGGGGAGAUAAUUGCUCGUUACUACGACCUUUUUCAACAAAUCUAGGAAGGGGGGUUUCAUCACUUGUGCUGUCUGAGAUUAUAUAAGGUCUGAGACUCACCUGAGAAUUGGAGGUUAGGAAAAUUCUUUUACAGACGGACUCGCUCAUUGUGAAGUCACUUGUCGAGGUAGCCGACUGUCACCAUCCACAUUAUGGGUGCGUAGCUGUGAUCAGACAGUGUUUAGCUCUUCCUUGACCGUUCAAAAUUGCGCAUGUGUGUCGCGAGACAAACUUUGUAAAAGAUUACCUAACUACUCUGAGGUUUUCUCUUUCUAUUGGGGAUCCAUUUCUUUUACGUACCUCCAGGUGUGUUCUCAUACUGGUUGUUUUUUGACAGUAUGACGGUUCAAACCCCUCGAUUCACUAAUGCUACGGUGUUGUUGUGGAAAAGUGUGACACUGAUGCCGUUUCAUUUUUUAUCGGUCACACGAACAGUACUAAUGACAGAGAAUUAUCUCUACAAAUUUGUGCUAUAAAGAAGAAGAAAAAAAAAAAGAAUUAUGUGCUCCAUUUUCCUAAUUCGUAAUUUAAAACGUAAAAGCGAGAGCGUUGACCUUAGGCACACAAAUUAGGUUACAUAACUCUAGAGCCUAUAUACAAGAAGUCAGUCCCUACUUAUUGAUGUACAAUGAAAUGAUCAGCCUUCUCCUACCAUCACUUGUUAGCUAGGAACUUUGCUCCAUAUGAAUUCCCUAUUGAGAUUCAUUUCAUUUAGAGGAGAGGACCCAACCCUACGCACUCCAAUAAGGUUUGCUUCGGUAUAAUGUAAGACUAGGGUAGGGUUGGUCAGGAAGAGAACAAUGUACUAACAAAAAUUUAGAACAAUAAGGUUCAACUAGUAGACUAACUUUUAUAAGAAGUUCCUCACAAAUUCGUAAGAUAGUAGCAUUGUAGUAAUUUAGACAAUUUCCAUACUGUCUCCAGUGAAUUUGUGAUGUAUUCGCAUCCAAUGCAGUCAAAAGCGCGAUUCUACCUAGAAGCGGAAAAGGGGUAAAAUCGUAAAGCGUAGAAUCAAAGCGUAAAAGCGUACGCUUUUACGCAUACUGAAAAAUAACUAAAAAUCUAUUAAGUAGGACAUAUGCUAUGCAAAAUAUGAAUACACAGAAUUUAGAUAAGUUAAUAAAUACAUGCGAUUCAUGUUUAAAGUAGAGCAACUUAUAGCAUCUUAAUAAUAAGUUCGUAAACAUAAAUUUUAACGAUAAGCCACUUUUUCCUCUAUGCUAAUGAAUUUGUAAAAACCCUAGCUGGUGAAUUAGAUUACUCUAUUGAAGUUGAGAAUGCAUCCAAGUAUCUAGUAUGUAUCUUUUAAUCUCAAAUGUAUCAUAUUGUUAGUGAUUUACUUUAAAAAUAUACUUUUUAUAAUUAA